UGGUAUUCCGUAUAUAAAUAGGACGAGAAGGCAAUUAGAAGAGGGUGGUUUUUUGGUGUCUUUGCUUUCUGAUAGGCUAUUGUAGAGUAGAGAUCAUGGCUGCUUUCUGGCUUAUUCUUCUUUUGUUGGUGGCUUGUUUGGUGAUGAAAAUUGCGAUAGAGAUCAUUUCCGUCUAUUGGCUGACGCCUAGGCGCAUCAGACUUGCCAUGGAGAAGCAAGGAGUUCGUGGUCCUCGGCCAUCGUUUCUAGUUGGAAACCUCUUCCACAUGGCCGCUCUGGUCAAAGAAACAACUUCCUCUGACUUGGUCUCUGUUCACCAUGACAUUGUUGAUAGGCUGCUGCCACAUUACGUGCUCUGGUCUAGACUGUACGGAAAAAGGUUCAUAUAUUGGUGGGGUGUUGAGCCCAGGAUGUGUCUGUCAGAGACAGAGCUGAUCAAGGAGCUCCUAUCUGCAAAAAACAGUCAAAUAUUCGGGAAAUCCUGGCUACAAAGGCAAGGGUCAAGGCAUUUCAUUGGUAAGGGACUAUUGAUGGCGAACGGUGAACAGUGGCUCCAUCAACGCCAUUUAGCAGCUCCAGCAUUUCAAGCAGACAAACUCAAGAGGCAUAUCGGAUAUAUGAUAGGUUGCACUAACCGCGCACUGGAAAGCCUGCGUUCAAGAGUAGAGUCAGGCCAAACAGAAGUUGAGAUCAAUGAGUGCCUCAAUCAACUUACAGCAGACAUCAUCGCAAGGACAGAAUUUGAAAGCAGUUAUGAGAAGGGCAAGAAAAUCUUCCAACUUCUUACUGAUUUGCAGCUUCACUCUUCUAAAGCUAGCCAGCAUUUGUGGUGCCCUGGUAGCAGGUUCUUUCCAAGCAGAUAUAACAGAGAGAUCAAAAGGCUCAAGGUGGAAGUAGAGACGCUAUUGACGGAGAUCAUUCAGAGCAGACGUGAAGGGAAGGAGAUUGGGAGAAGCGUUUCUUAUGGCAACGAUCUCCUUGGACUGUUGUUGACAGAAGUGGAUAGCAAGAAAUCUAACAUCAACUUCAGCACAGAGCAUCUCAUGGAUGAAUGCAAGACCUUCUUUUUUGCUGGUCAUGAGACCACUGCGCUGCUUCUUACUUGGACAAUCAUGCUGCUUGCUUGCAAUCCUUCAUGGCAAGAGAAAGCCAGGGAGGAAGUAUUGCAAGUGUGCCAAGGAUCGCCUCCUUCUGCUGAUCAUCUCUCAAAGCUCCCCUUGUUGAACAUGAUUCUGAACGAGUCGCUCAGGCUGUACCCACCUGCUGCACUCCUGCCCAGACAAGCCUUCGAGGACACGAAGCUCGGGGACCUUAACAUUCCAAAGGGUCUGUCCAUAUGGAUCCCUGUGCUGGCCAUCCACCACAGUGAGGAACUGUGGGGGAAGGAUGCCAAUGACUUCAAUCCUGAGAGGUUUGCCGCGAAGUCGUUUGCGUCCGGCCGUCACUUCAUGCCCUUUGCAGCUGGGCCCCGGAAUUGCAUAGGCCAGGCCUUCGCUCUAAUGGAGGCCAAGUUAGUUCUGGCCAUGUUCCUCUCAAGCUUCAGCUUCACUCUCUCGGAAAACUAUAGGCACGCACCCGUUUACGUCCUCACGUUGAAGCCUAAACAUGGGGUGCAGAUCUACUUGAAACCUCUUUAACUCUUUUGAGCAGCCUUUUUGCCUGUCUUUGUAACCAGGUUUGGUUUUUACGCGUGCAAGUGGCUGCACGCCGUAGAAGAAGAGUGCGGCAUACAGAGCUGGCCUCCUUUUAUAUGAUUCUUGCUCCAUUACUUGCUAGACCGUGGUUUUCUUUUCUUUUCUUUUCCUGUUUUCCUGCAUAGCUUAACUGUGCAUCUGUUUGUGGACUCUUCUAGCCAUGACAACCAAAGAGGAAAUCUUUUAAUGAA